GCAAUUCAAAGUGUACGGAUGUUAUCUGGUUGUAAUAUUAAAUUUCAUAAUGACAGCAAAAAAUUUUAAUUUAGCACAGAUGCCGUCUGAUUACUUGUACCAUUUAGCAGUAAAUAUAGCAGAUACUAAAAACACAGCGGACAUUAGAAAGAAAUAUGGACACAUUAAGGUUGUAUGUUUGGGUGGAAAGGAUACACGCAUGCGUGAAUUGGCCAAAUAUAUACAUGAAAAUGUGUACGACGGGAAUUCCGGAAGUGAUUAUCAAAAGGAUUUGUUCGAAGAGGGUCACAGAUAUGCUGGUUUUAUGGUUGGUUCCGUGCUGUGCGUUAGCCAUGGCGUUGGUAGCUCAACUAUGAGCGUAGUAUUACAUGAAUUGAUCAAAUUGGUACAUUAUGCUGGAUGUGAUGAUCCACUUUUCAUACGCAUUGGCACCAGUGGGGGAUUGGGUGUUAGCCCGGGGACUGUGGUUGUCACCAAUAAGGGAUACAAUGGGUUAUUGCGCAGUGAAUAUGAAAUUGCAAUUUUAGGAGAACGCGUCGUAAGGCCCGCUUAUUUUGACGAUCGUCUGCGUAAGGACUUGCUUGCUUGCGCCGAAGCAGUGGAUGGCGAAGCAGAAAAGAUUUGGAAGGUUAUCGAAGGCAAUACGAUGGGUGCAGAGUGUUUCUAUGAAGGACAAGGCCGACUCGAUGGUGCCUCUUGCACCAAGGUUAAUGGUGAACGAUACACACUUGAAGAUAAGUUAAAUUUCCUGAAACGUUGUCACGAUGAAUGCGGCAUAAAGAACAUCGAGAUGGAGGCACCCAUGUUUGCUUCCUUGACGUUGCACUGUGGCAUACGUGCCGCUGAUGUAUGCGUUACGCUGCUAAAUCGCCUAGAAGGUGAUCAGGUGAAAGCUACUAAAGCACAACUUAAAGACUUUGAAGAGCGUCCUUUCGUGCUUGUGGCCCGCUUCAUUAAACGUCACAUAUUAAGUUCCACAUAAAGAAAAGCACAAACCAAAUCGCAUUUCCUUAUGGACAACAAAACAGACAACUGUAUUUUAUAAAAAAAGGUUUUAAUCAAAUAAAUAUUAUCAUAGAAGAAAUGAAUUCAUCAAAAACAAA